UGUGAUGUCUUCCACGAGUGGGAAAUCCUCGAAUGUGGUGAAAAACUGCUUUUCAAAAGGUGUUUAACACAGAACAGUCAACUAGGUAUGUGGGGUAAUUGUGAUGUUAUGUGAUACACCGAACCAAUUAAAAUACCGUACAGCCAUGAUUUGUGUAAACAGAAUAAGCCCUGGCGUCUUUCCAAACAACUUCACGUUGUCUUAGUACGGAUUUGAAAUUCCAAACCAGCGUAUAAGCAGACGUGAUGGGGAACCAAAUUGUAACAGAUGAAUUACUGGAAUGGGAAAGCUCUCCAUCCCAAUCAGAAUGGAAGUGUCUGUAUUGCGAUACGGUGCAUCAGCGUUCCGUAAGGUCCUGUGAAAAAUGUGGUAGAAAAAGCUGUUGUUGUGAGACAGACUCAAGUGAUGAAGACACUAUCAGUAUCGACAGUAUUGUUACACAUAUAAAUACACAGUUGUUGAAGCAUCUUCAGGAGAUCAGAAUGAUAGUUGUUGGGAAAAUGGGUGUCGGAAAAAGUGCAUUUUGCAACACACUGGCUGGAGAGGAACUUUUUGUGCCAGAGAGGGCAUUUCAUUCCAUUACAAAAGCUGCUCAUAUGGAAAUUACAGAGAGAUUUGACCGUGAUCUUCUACUCAUCGACACUCCUUGCUUCGGAAAUAAAGAACGUCGUAAAGAGAUAGUGGAGUUCAUAGAGGGUGUGGGGGAGCUGUUUCUAAGAGUAGCACCGGGAUUCCACUGCAUAGCCUUCGUUUUAAGUUUUGAGUCUCGUGUCACUCGAGAUGACAUUCAGUUGCUGGAAGACGUUAAAAGAGUCUUAGGAAAGGAAGUUAUGGGUCACAUGAUUCUUGUCUUUACGAGAUGCCCCAAUCAAAUUGCGUUGGAGGAGAAAUUAAAGACUGCUACUGGUCCUAUUAAGAAAAUCUUAGAAGAGGUAGAAUAUCGAGUAUUUGGGGUUGAAAAUGAAACGGGCGAUCGUGAUCAGUUCGCAUUCAACUUUUGUCAGAUGGUUGAUGAGCUGUGUAUGACGCGCAAGAAGGUCUACUCAACAGACAUGCUUUUGAAAGCCUGGAGCAUUGUGAAGGAUGAAGUCAAAAGUUCGUCUGAUCGAAUGAAGAUACAGAACGUGCAACAAAAGCUAGAAUUUAUGGGCUUCGUCUAGUUCUUUGUUUCUGCACUAUUGAAGCCCAUUAAAUGAUAAAUAAGAUAUGGAGAAGUAGGACCCCAAGAAUAUUGUAAGCUAUGGUACCAAUGCUAAAAUAUUUUGACAAAAUGUAGUAUAUCAUAUACUAUAAACUGGGGUGAUGCUAAAACACGGAACGGAAAACGAAACGGAACAGAUUUUUUUUUAAAUACAUGAAUUAAAAUUUUCGUAACUUCAUAUAAUGUGACAUAAAUAUUAUCUUUAUGCAUACAUUAAUUAUCAUCGAUGGAGAUUAAUUGAUCUCAAUGAAGAUAAAUAUAUUCGAUUAUUUUACCCGGUGUAUUAAACUUUUGCUCUCACAAUUGAACUAGUAAGUAUGAUAUUGAUCACUGUUCGUUAUUUUCGCCUUCUCAUGAAGCUCUGGAGUAAAUGCUGAAAAUUCAAUUCAAAAGAAAUAUCGAUACAUGGGCACUAAAAAUAUUACAACAAUGAAAAUAUUACAUCAAUAAAAAUAUUACAACAAUAAGAUAUUAUAACAAUAGAAAUAUUACAACAAUAAAGAUGAUACAACAAUGAAAAUACUACAACAAUAAAAUAUUACAACUAUAAAACAAUUACAACAUUACAAUAAAAAUAUUACAACUAGAACAUAAUUACCUGGUACUACAAUUAGUUAGGUGGAAAAAAUGAUGAUAAGGACCAGUGAUCAAUCUUAUAGAUAUCCGUUUGAUUUUGGUUUGUUUCAAUGCUUUUUAUUUAUCAUUAGUUUUGUGAUUGGGGAGACAUUUAACUUUGCAAGUACUUUGAUAUGUAAAUGUAUUGGUUGAUUAUAUCCAGAACCUUCAAUCGCAAAUAUUCUUUCAUCGUUAUUCAUACAAGUAAUAAAUGACAAUUUUCAAUCUCA